AUGAGCUCUUUUUAUAUUCGUCUGCCUGAAAAAUACAAGAAUAAAUCAGUUCAAGCAUACCUGGACGAUCUCUUGGAGUUUUACAACGAGUAUUUUUGGUUGAUCCAUGUCUUGCCCUUUAAUUUCAUUACACAUCGUCAAUGGGAUCAGUUUGAUGUAGAAUGGAGAAAUGCAUUAAUGUUAUUUAUGGAACAAGCUGGAGAUAACUGGGCAAAAGCUUUAUUAGAAUCUAUUUUGAAUACAAACGAUUAUUCCAUUUGGCCAGAAUCUCUAAGAAAUUAUAUAGAAAAGACAAGAGAUCUAUCGUUACCUAGAAAUGAAGAACCUUUUCAAAACGAUCAAGCAAAUAUCAGUAAACAGAUCUUGGGAGGAAUGAGCGAUAAAAAGAUUCAUGAGGUAGAGCUGAUGGGGCAGCUAAUCAAACAAGUAGCAAACGAAAGGGGCAUCACAUCCGUUAUCGAUCUUGGUUCUGGACAAGGCUAUCUAUCUCGUGCAUUGGCUUUCGAUCAUGGAUUUGACGUAGUAGCUGUUGACAUGUCCGAGAUACAGACAAAGGGCGCUAUUCGAUUUGAUGAAAAGGCAAAAAAGCAAGCACGAGACAAGAGUGAGAUGUCUAUAAAACAUGUUACUGAAAAGGUAACUCCAGAAAAUGUAUCUCAGGUACUUGCCAGCACUGGAUUAGAUGGUAACAAAAAGUGGUUAGUGACCGGCCUACAUACAUGUGGAGAUCUAUCACCUACCAUCUUUCGUUUAUUUACAGAAAGUGACAAGAUUUCUUGCAUGGUCAACGUAGGCUGUUGUUAUAAUGCACUGACAUCUUCUGGUUUCCCUAUGAGCAGCUUGCUUAGAGAGAAAAAGAUGGAGUUGAAAUCGACUGCUCGUGUGCUCGCCUGUCAUUCUCCCUCUCGUUGGUUAGAAGGAGAACCAUGUAUAGAAGCAUUUGAUAAUUACUUUUUCCGCGCUUUACUUCAGGCAUGUCAUCUUUGA